UUCAACGAGGAUAUACUCUUGAAGAAAUUAUGAACUUGACGGCAUCAAAUAUAAAAGAUCACGCUAUUGGACGACAGCAAAACCCAAUGUAUUAUUCUAAAAAACUCAAAAUCUUUAAUAACUCUCCACCAUUAGGAACACAAAUUCCUCAAGCUGUAGGACAAGCUUAUGUUAAAAAAAUUUUCGAAGAACAAGAUUCGUGUGUUGUCGUUUUUUUUGGAGAAGGAGCAGCCUCAGAAGGGGACGCAUUCACAGGAUUAAAUUUUGCUGCAACACUCAAAUCACCUGUUGUUUUUAUAUGUCGUAACAACGAAUACGCUAUUUCAACUCACAGUGAUGAACAGUACUCUGGAGAUGGGAUCGUUUCUAUUAGAAUGUCAGAAAUACCUCUAAAACAGUAUUUAGAAAAAUAUAUGAGUAAAUCUGAUACCAAAAUACCUAAAAAAAGAAAAGUGAACACAAAAAGACAAAAGUACAUGAUAAUUCAUUCAUAUAACAGGCUAACUAUACAUGACGAUGAUGAGAUAGUACCACCUGCAUUUCAAAAUGAAAUAUUUCAACAAAGUGACGACGAUGAACCCCAAAUUGUCGAAAUACCCGACAAUUUUCCAUCUAAUCAUUCAAAUCCAAACAAAUGGAAAUCCUUAAAACUGGAUUCCGAAAUGUUUGCCCCAUUAAACAUCCCUCCCGAUACAAAAGUCGAGAACAGCGAAAUUACAGACUCUAAUACCGAAAAAAAGAAAAAACGGCGAUUUGAAGACGACAAUGAUAUGUCCCCUGUCAGGAGAGUCAAGGAAGAGAUCAACGAAGACCCACCAACCCACGUUAUUUUUAGAGAUAGGAAAACUUUGAAAAAACGAGACCAAGCAGUUGAGAAUGCAAAGAACGUCGAAAAGCAAAAACGUGAAGAAGAAAUAAAGGCGAAAUAUUCUUUAUGGGAACUCGGGUAA